AACUUUACCCAAAGAGAUUUAUAGAAAUAUCAGGCAAUUUCAAAGGUGUGAUUUCUGAGCAGGAAAGGUUUAAAAAGAAAUAAAAACAAUAAAAUUUAUAAAAAAAAUUAAUUGUUAAGAAAUUGUGGGAACCCAGAAUAUUAGAAGUUUUCCAGAAUAUUUCAGUCAUUCUGAAUAGAAUUAAAAUUAGUUUACAGUAUACAUUUUUCAAUGUUUUUAUGAUCAUUGAACAUGUCAUGUAAAACAAAAACAAAACAAAAAAAGAGUUUUAAAAUAGUGAUUUUAGGCCCUGGGAUUUUUUAUAAGAUUAAUAAAACAUUAACAUAUCUUGGAGAUUAAUUGAUAUAAAAAAAAGAGUAUUGCUCUUUGUGAGUACAAACUUUAGAAAAUAAUUUAAAAUAUUGAUCCCAUACUCUAGGAUUGGAAUAAUUCUGGAAGCUCAUAUCUCAAAAUGAUUAAGAACCCUGACCUUUGUGUAACCAGCUUGCUUCAAACUAGCCAAUACCAAGUAUUGUAAAGAUACAAUGGUAAUGUCUUGUAAGAGUGAAUAUCUGCAUGUUUGUGACGUGUUUGCAUUCUCUGCGCCUUCAUAAGUGUUGUUGUUGCAGUGUAUUACAGGUAGGCCGACACUGACAGUUUGUGGAUGGCGUGUUCCAGUGUAUCUAAUUGAAGAAUCCCUCGUCUCAGCAUUUUUCUCGCAAGUGUGUGUUGCGGGUGCUGUAACAUAAGAGUGAGGCAGCGUGUGUAUGUCGCGCUUUGAGCAGGGUGGUAUGUGUAACUGAAUAAACGGGUAAGAGUCGGUGAGUGUAUGUGUUUCAUAUGCUGUAACACAGGAGUGAGACUGCGUGUGUUUAUUUUUGGCUCAGUGCGAGCGUGUCGAUGGCUGCCGAUGCGUCGCAAAGGAAAGCUCUGAGAUACCAGCAAACCCUGCUGUAUGGGGAAUAUCGGGAACAGCUGGGUAAUAUUGCCAGACGGGAGGCCACAAGUGUGUUGAAUGAAAGGCAAUGGAAGAGACAUGCCGGCAAUGCAGAGGCAACCAGGAGAGGGCACGGUCGAGCACAUCAUGCAAGCCUAGAUGUGGGGCCCAUGACUCCAGGUUUAAGCCCCUCCACCUCUAUAAAGAAGCCACGCCCCUAUUCCAAAUGCCAGGACUGCCUGGCCCGGAUCCAGAGGUACAUUGUGACAAAGUUGGGCGAGGACUGGAUCUUUCUGGUUCUUUUAGGUCUCACUAUGGCUCUGGUUAGCUGGAGCAUGGAUUAUGCCAGUGCCAAGAGCCUACAAGCAUAUAAGUGGAUGUAUGGAGAGCUGAAGGGGAAUGUGACUCUGCAGUAUCUGGCCUGGGUCUCGUAUCCCAUCAUUCUCAUCGUGUUUGCAUCCUUCUUCUGCCACCUGGUCUCUCCACAAGCUAUUGGCUCUGGGAUCCCUGAGCUCAAGACCAUUCUCAGAGGAGUGGUGUUAAAGGAGUAUCUGACGCUCAAGGCAUUUGUGGCUAAAGUCAUCGGUCUUACGGCUGGGCUGGGCAGUGGUAUGCCCAUCGGGAAGGAGGGUCCUUUUGUGCAUAUUGCCAGCAUAUGUGCAGCAGUGCUGAGCAGGGUCAUGUCCAUCUUCACCGGUGUGUAUGAGAACCCCUAUGGUUACACAGACAUACUGACAGUAGGAUGUGCUGUUGGGGUGGGCUGCUGUUUUGGGACUCCCCUUGGAGGUGUGUUGUUCAGCAUUGAGGUCACGUCGACAUACUUUGCAGUGAGGAAUUACUGGAGAGGAUAUUUUGCUGCCACGUUCAGUGCCUUCAUAUUCCGAGUACUGUCAGUGUGGAACAAAGAUUCUGUUACGAUAACAGCACUGUUUCGUACAAACUUUCGUAUGGACUUCCCCUUUGACCUGCAGGAACUGCCAGCUUUUGCAAUAAUUGGGAUCUCAUGUGGGUUUCUAGGGGCAUUCUUUGUCUAUCUGAACAGACAAGUUGUUUUGAUCAUGAGGAGACCGACGGCUCUUACACGCUUCCUCACAAAACACCGGCUGAUUUACCCUGGUGCUGUGACACUAAUUAUAGCCUCCUUCACAUUUCCUCCGGGCUUCGGCCAGUUCAUGGCUGGAGAGCUGAUGCCAAGAGAGUGCAUUAAUUCACUGUUUGAUAACUUCACAUGGACAAAGAUCUGGGAUUCACCGGCUCCUCCCGGAUUGGGUCGCUCUGCUGCCUGGCUCCACCCACAAGUCAGCGUCUUCGUCAUCCUUCUCCUCUUCUUCGUCAUGAAGUUCUGGAUGUCUGCGGUCUCUACUACAAUGCCAGUCCCUUCUGGAGCUUUCAUGCCGGUUUUUACAUUGGGAGCAGCAUUUGGCCGUUUGGUGGGUGAGAUUAUGGCCACCCUGUUUCCGAAUGGAAUUCUGUUUGAUGGGAUCGUGUACCAAAUCCUGCCUGGAGGCUAUGCAGUGAUAGGGGCAGCAGCUAUGACAGGAGCAGUCACACACACAGUUUCAACAGCAGUCAUCUGUUUUGAACUGACGGGUCAAAUCUCGCACAUCCUACCCAUGAUGGUGGCCGUGAUUCUCGCCAACAUGGUGGCACAGGGUCUACAGCCUUCUCUUUAUGACUCCAUCAUUCAGGUCAAAAAGCUGCCCUAUCUUCCAGAGCUCAGCAUUGGCCACAUCAGUAAAUAUAAUAUCUUUGUGGAGGACAUCAUGGUGAAGAAAAUCAGGUUUCUGUCACCUCAGUCCACUUACAGAGAGCUGAACGAUCUCCUGGAGUCCACGUCUCUCAAAACCAUCCCACUCGUCGACUCCAAAGAGUCAAUGAUUCUGUUGGGCUCCAUUGAGAGAUGUGAACUUCAGGCCGCCUUGGACUGGUGUCUCUCAGCCGAGAGGCGGGUUUAUAACCAAGGUGAGGGCGUUUCCAGCCCGGGGUCACAGGUCAACUGGGAGUCCUUCGCCUUUGUGGAUGAGGAGGUUGGAGAGGAGAAUGGAGACGAGGGUAACAGAGUCUCUGAAGAGUGUAACGGCCCACUGGGAUCCACCAAAACCACAGACAUAUCCACUAAUCACACCACAUCUGGUGCCCUGCAGUCCAUGAGGAGGAAGCUUCAUCGUCUUUUCUCCUCGUCUUCCUCAUCAGGGCAGACUGAACCAGAGAGCCCUGCAGCUCCUCCUGUAGUUGAUAACAUGACUCCUGAAGAGAUCAAAGCCUGGGAAGAGGAAGAGCUGGAAAAGCCGAUUGACAUUGAUCAGAUCCGUGUUGACCCCUCACCUUUUCAGCUGGUGGAGAGAACAUCUUUGCAUAAGACUCACACCCUGUUCUCUCUCCUGGGUCUCAGUCAUGCGUAUGUAACUAGCAUUGGUAAACUGGUCGGGGUGGUCGCACUAAAAGAGCUCCAGAAAGCAAUCGAGGGUUCGACUCGUAGCGGAGUGCGACUUCGUCCUCCUCUGGCCAGUUUCAGAGACGCCAGACGCAAGGCCAAAAAGCCUUCUCAUUCCCCUUCUGUCCCGUCCUCUCCCACAAGGGACAGAGAGCUGUGGAGUGAGGGAGUGAAAAGAGAAAGUCAAGACGAGUCUGCUGAUAGUUGUAUCCAGACAGACGUCAAAGAGUGUGAUAGCAGCAGCAGAAGUACCUCUCAGGAGCAUCUGCCUUCCCCUUCCCCUUCCACAGUCCCUCUCUCCUCUCUUCAUUCUGUGCCCGAAGGAGAAACGGAUGCUGAUAGAGAGAGUGAUGAGGAGCAUUUAUAGGUCUAUUGUUUGUAAUUUUCUUAAAUUCAGCCCUCCAGGGGGAGGCAAACCAUAUUACGGUGGUGCCUUUGAGCCCAGCACGAGCCACUUGCACAAGACUUGUUGGUUGAUUCUCUACUCUCCGGAAACAGGACUCUAUACUCUUUCUUUCUAGAUGUGUUUUCACUUGCGUUUUUUUUUUUUUUUUUUUGUCUAUACAUUUGUACAUACAGACAGUCGGUCUGACACAUCUCACUGAAUGUCUUCUCUCUCUUUGCUACUCGACCCCUGUGUUUGUCUGCUGGACCUGAUAUUAUAUCAAUGUAAAAAUGAUUUUGUUUCCUUAACAAGCUAUUUGCAUCUGAUCUGACCCUUGUCUUAGUGUAACCUAAUGUAGUCAGGUUAAUUUAGUCACACUUCAUUUUUGUGACAUUUUUGGUUCCCUGAUUAAACUUUUUUACUGUAUAGAUAUGAAAUUUAAAGCAGUAUUUCAGGUUCAGUAUACAAGUUACAUUUAAUUCGGUGUUAAUGCUAGCUAUAAUAAGUUUGGUAAUUGAAAUAAAGCUGAAAUAAUACAGAAAAAAAUAUUAAAAACGUAAAAUAAAUUUAAAGGGAUAUAUGAUGGAUGGAUGGACUUUGUUUUGCUUUAAAAUCUGGUCCACCAUUUACUGCCAUUAUAAAGUUUGGAAGAGCCAGGACAUUUUUUAAUAUAGCUCCGAAUUAUUCAUCUGAAAGAACAAAUUCAUAUACACCUAGGAUGGCUUGAGGGUGAGUAAAUCAUGGGGUAAUACAUUUUUUUGGGUGAACUAUCCCUUUAAGUCAAAGUUCCAGAACUCAGUAUUUUUUAUUACAUUUUACAAUUAGGUUCCAUUUGUUAACGUAAACUAACAAUGAAAAAUGCCUCUAAAAUAUGAAUUAAUCUUAAUUAAUGUUAAUUGCAACAUUUGCUAAUAUAUUGUUAAAUUCAAAAGUUGUAUCUAUUUAUGUUAUUUCAUGGACCUGAGCUAACGUAGACUAACAAUGAACCUUAUUUUCUUAGUAAAUUAAAACUAAAAUAAAAAAAAAUAAAAAUAAAACUUUUGUUACAAUAUUGAUUAGAACAACAACAAAAAAGUGUCCUUUGUUUUAUUUAAAGAAGCAAAAAUCGAUGUUCAGUGAAACAUGGGCCAGAUUUUAGAUUUAAAGAAGAAAUGUGAAGCUUACAAUUUUAUAAAAGCACUAACAUUAAUUCUUUAAAAAAAAAAAAAAAAAAGCUUUUAAAAUCAUAAUCGUUAUUUUCAUUUUAGGGUUUGUGUUUGUAGCAUCACAUUGUCAUGGUAACAAAGCUGUGAUUUUAUUCACACUAAAACCAUGUUCACAUUAACAUUUUCUUUAUGCCUUGAGGCUAUAAUGUUGAAACAUUGUGUAUUUUAACAUUAAAGUAUUGGCCCCGUUCACUUCCACUGAAAGUACCUCACUGUAAUCUAGAUUUUUGCUUUUUUAUAUAUAAGCAGUGAAAUGAUUGUGUUGCCACAAGUAAUGUUGAAUGAUCUUGUGCUGAAUCUGGUAAGCUAUAUUCAUUUAAUCACUAGACAUUCAUUACGAAGCUGAUUUGUUUACUUCAUAAUUUAAGAUACAAAGUCAUUACCAUUAAAUCUUUGUUUGAUUAUUUGAACUAUUGAUGAAUAUCUGCUGAAUUCUUAUCUGUUUUAAUGGUCUGAAGAGCAUGCAGACUUUUUGCCACGUCUUAAAAAUACACAAAGUGCGCAAUAAUGAUUUGUUUGCUUCAUUUAUUCGUCAUUAUUUUGGGAAAAAUAAAGGAAUAGCAAUAUUCUUGAAGGUCAGGGAGUUGUUUUGUUCGUGCAGGACAAAAAAGAGUUGGGUAAGAAAGAGAGUCCGGUGGAGGAAGAGGAAGAGCACAUUGGAAGAACCAUUUAAAACCUUCAGUAUAGCAUGCAUAGAUAUACGUACUUCUUAUAUCACACCUCGUACAGCUCAGUCAGUCCCAAACGACUGGAUUUGUGCCUGUAUUGACUCCAUGUAUUUAAACAAUAUCAUAAACAAAUUUGAUCACAAUAGUGUGAUCCAUUACUUCUGAAUACGAUUCUUAGACCAAGAGGAGACAACACAGGGUUUGAGUAACAGACCGAUAAUAACAUACGAAGGGAAAGAGAGAGGAAGAGGAGAAGGAGAGAGGUAGAACGACGGACCAGUUACAGCAUCAUGCCAACAGACAGUUUUGUAGUGAAACAUGGCAGUAGAAUCGUACAAAAAAAAUCCAGUUCAUCUGUAAACACAAGUGAUAAACAACUGCAUCCAAGGAAAUACAUUUGGCUUUUUGUUAUUUAUUCAUUCGUAUAAUCCUUAUCUUACAUAAAAAGCAAUAAAAGAGAACAUGACAUCAUUCCUUUGGUUGCAGUAGCGUGACCUGGCUGUGUGUGAUGGCCACUGAUGUAUAACUUAGUCCUACUUUCACCAAGUUGUCAUUAUCACGUGACCUGCCAGCAUCAAUCCAGUGGUGUCAGUCGCCAUUACAACCAAAGGUGCAUUUAUCUGAAAAUAACAAAUAGAUAUCAUACAGGCUGCAAAGUUAAAUCCCUCCCCUAUAUAAUUCUUAAAUAAAUAAAUGGGCACAUAUUAUUCCAUGUGAGCAACUUCAGUGAGUUCUGUAUGCUUCACGAAAUUUAACACUGAAUAUACUUAAAGCAGUUUGGUUGGUUUAACGGUUGGUUUAUGCAAUGAUGCAGUAGUAGAUAACUGUUGUUAUGUAUUGCUAAUGUAAAACAUUAUA